AAAAGAAAACGGAUUCCUCGGACGUCCCAUUCAGUACACAACCUAGUAAUCUGAGUUUUCCAUAGUCAAUAAAAAACUAAAUAGCAAAAACAGGAUGAACGACCAACUGAAAACAGUAUCGGCUAUGAACAAACUGUAUAUCGGCAACUUGCCGACAGAGGCUGAUGAGGCGGCUGUAAGACAACUGUUCGCGGAGCACAACCUCACUGUAGCUGAUAUAUCCGUAAAAAGAGGAGGUUACGCAUUUGUCGACUUCCCUGACCAGUCGGCUGCAGAUCGCGCCAUUGAUAAGCUGCAUGGUUAUUCCUACUGCGGCCUACCGUUGAUUGUGGAACCUUCAGUCGCAAAUAAAAAAAUUGUGAACGUGACCACCUUGCAAAGCGCGAGUACCACCCAGCUGAAGGAGACCAGCACAACUGACUCGUCCAAUACAGGAGGUGGAGGUGGAGGCUGGAGCUGCGAAGAUCAACUGGUGGCCGCGGCAAUCGCUAGAUGCGAGGUCGGUCAAUUGGACCACUUGUUGCGCGCUCCCGAUACUUGUUGCAGUGCAGUCUUUAGUCUUUGUUUCGUGCUAUCCAUUAGUAGUCGGAAUUGGUACUUUUUAUCUUCAUCCCACUAUUAUGUCACUCACCACAUGUUGCGGCAGUUGUCGUGUUAA